AUGGGGGUUGUUCAUGAGCCUGCCUCGACCCAACAGAGCUUGCCCCGAAUUGAGAUAGAAAAAGACCAAUAUCCUGAAGGUGGAUUGAAAUCAUGGUCUGUUGUCCUAGGGGCCUGGUGCGCGAUGAUUCCCUCGAUGGGGCUUUUGAAUAGCCUGGGAACUCUGCAGGCAUGGACAAGUACGCAUCAACUGAAGGAUUAUUCGGAAUCAAGUGUCGGUUGGAUAUUUGGAGCCUAUACCUUUUUUCUUUUUGUAGGAGGAGCUCAGUUUGAAUAUUAUCAGAUUUUCUUAUCUUUCAGUGUACUGGGCGGCAUAUCAGCGAGCACCCUCUUCACACCCCCUGUGGCUGCCGUUGGUCAUUGGUUCAAUGAUAAACGCGGCUGGGCAACAGGCGUUGCUUGCACAGCCGGGGGCAUCGGAGGAUCUGUAUUCCCUCUGAUCAUUCUUUUUACAGCUCCGCGGAUAGGCUUUGCAUGGUCUAUUCGCAUAAUCGCCUUACUUUGCGCAUUCUUUUGCUCAAUUGCAUGUCUUACGGUCCGGACUAGACUUCCUCCUAAGAAAGCAGCCGCUUUCCUGGAUUUCAAGGCUCUCAUGGAUGUCAAGUACGCAUCUGCGUCCCUAGGCGUCUUUCUGGUCGAAUUUGCUGUUUUUGUUCCUAUCACAUACAUCACAUCCUAUGCACUCUCUGUUGGCUUUGGUGAUCAGAUGUCAUAUGCAGUGCUCAUUUUCCUUAACGUUGGGGCUAUCUUCGGGCGCUUUCUACCGGGAUUGGUCGCCGAUCGAUUGGGGCGAUUUAACGUCAUGACAGUGAAUUGCUUGAUGUGCUCACUACUCACUCUCAUUCUAUGGCUGUCAGGGGACCUUGUCAAUGCCGACAGUCUAGGAAUUCUCAUUAGCUAUGCCGUGCUGUUUGGUUUCUUUUCUGGAGCUGCUAUAAGCAUUGCCCCGGUGUGCAUUUCUCAAGUUUGCGAAAUACAGGACUACGGAAAGAGAGUCGGAACUACUUGGACACUUGUCAGCUUGGGCACUUUCAUCGCUAUACCCAUCGCAGGCGCGAUCCAACAACACAACAAUGGGGCGUACUAUGGAUUGAUUAUUUUUGGGGGUGCUCUUUAUCUUGCUUCUGCCGUUGCAUUUGCUGUUUCUCGGGGUAUAUGCAAGGGAUGGGCUUGGAGAACAAAGUUUUAG